AGAAAUCACCAAGGUGGGCAUGUGGGGGGCAACCUCACGGGGGAAGGGGGUGAGCGUUUUCCGGAGGAGCCUUCUCGGGGUGAUGGGCCUCCUCCAGGGGGACAUCCUUCAGGGGUCCUCCUGGGGAUGGGCCUCCUCCGGGCGGGGCGGACGGAGUCGGCAGCCCCGGGCCCGCCCCCGGCACGCCCCCCGGCACGCCCCCCGACACGCCCCCGCGCUUCCUCCCUCUAUCACUUUCGCUUCCGCCGGAGCGGGUCCCGCCGCCGCUGGAGUAUGGAGGACCCGGACUGCGACUCGACCUGGGAGGAGGACGAGGAGGAGGACGGCGAGGGCCCGAGGGCCGGAGCCGACGAGGAUGGCGAGGCCGGCGCUCCGGGGGACGUGGAGGCCGAGGCGGACGCGCGGCCCAGCGCGUUCCAGCUCAAGGUGACAGGGUCCCGAAACUGGCGAGCAGCGCGGGACACACGCAGGUACCGGCACCACUACCCGGAUUUGGUGGAAGGAGAUGCCAGUGGUGACAUGCCCAACCUGAGUUUCUACAAAAACGAGAUUCGGUUCCUGCCUAACGGCUGUUUCAUUGAAGACAUUCUUCAGAACUGGAAGGAAGAGUACGGCCUCCUGGAGGAUAAUCACUCCUACAUCCAGUGGCUGUUUCCCCUGCGGGAGCCGGGAGUGAACUGUCACGCCAAGCCCCUCACGCUGCAAGAGGUCGAGGCGUUUAAAAGCUCCACGGAGGCCAGGAAGCGGUUGGUCCAGGCCUACGAGCUCAUGCUGGGCUUCUUCGGCAUCCAGCUCAAGGACCGAGACACGGGCCGCGUGUGCCGAGCGCAGAACUACCAGAAGCGCUUCCAGAACCUCAGCUGGCACAGCCACAACAACCUCCGCAUCACCCGCAUCCUGAAGUCGCUGGGGGAGCUGGGCCUGGAGCACUACCAGGCCCCCCUGGCCCGCUUCUUCCUGGAGGAGACGCUGGUGCGCCGGCAGCUGCCGGGCGUGCGGCAGAGUGCCCUGGAUUACUUUGUGUUCACUGUGCGGUGCCGGCACCAGCGCCGUGAGCUGCUGUACUUCGCCUGGGAGCACUUCCGGCCCCGCUGCAGGUUCGUCUGGGGGCCCCACGACAAGCUGCAGAAGUUCAGGCCGUGCUCUCCUCCCUGCUCGCCCCGGCCGGCCCGCCCAAGGCAGGCCAACGGGGAGGAGAGCCCUGGGGAGCCCCUCCUUGAGGCCGCAGCCCAGGGGCAGACCUGCGGACCAGGGAGGGAUGAAGAGGGGGACCCGGUGGCCAAGGGUCCCCAGCCUCCUGGCACAGGGCCCCAGGAAGCUGGAGCCUCGGAGAAGGACCAGGGAGAUGAGGCCGGCGACGAGCAGGGGCCAGAGUCUCCAAACCCCAAGGAGAGGAAGAAGAGGAAGUUGGAGGCGAAUCUGCGGGCGCGGGCCCCAGGGGAGCCGGGCCCGAGCGCCUCGGAGGUGGAGAAGAUCGCCCUGAACUUGGAGGGCUGUGCCCUCAGCCAGGGCAGCCUCGGGGCGGAGACCCAGGAAGUGGGCAGCCAAGCCCCAGAGGAGGCCGAGCAGCCCCGCCCCCAGCCCCUGGAGGCCAAGGUGGCUGACGACGUGAGGAAGCGCAGGAAGACGGAGCAGGGUGCCAGGGAUGGUACCGUGACGCUGGCCGCCGCCCAGCCCCCUGCCCCGUCAGGGCGCCCAGUGGCUGAAGAGGGUGAAAAUGGGGUCAAAGAAGAAGCAGGUGGCCCGGCAGGGCCGGAGCAGGGUGCCCCCGGGAGCCCAGCCACCGCAGGACCCGAGGUGGAUGACAGGGCAGAGCCCACGGAGGCAGGACCCUCUGUCGAGCCCGGAGAGCCCUAGGGAAGGGGACGCCCGGGGCCCUGCCCCACCCCGCCGCAGGCCUGGGAGCCAUGUCGCCAGCUGUUCUCCGCGCCCAGCUCUGCGGGCCUCUCCCUGCUGGUCACUGCAGCCACUACUGCAACUGCUGGAAGGGCAGGUCCCGCCCUUGGGGAAGGCCAAGGCUUUAGCAUCCUUCUUACCUCGACCUCACUUCCCGCCUCUUUCGUCCUGUACCGCUGCCUGGCCCCCACCUUUGUAACCUGGCUCCUCAUGGGCUGGGGGUGUGGGAGGGGGGCUCAUUUUCCUAGUCUGGUGCAGAGGCCUUUUCUGAAUAAACUCAUCUG